CCUCUCCCAGCCGCUGGGUCCACACCGGCUCGCGAGGGAACCGCUCAGGCGCCGCCGCCCCAGCCCAGUGCGGACGACGGGAGAGAGGGAGGAGGAAGGAGAACACACUCGCUUGCUUGCUCCCACCCGCACUCGGGCUCCCAGAGCCGGCGCGGAGCCCAGGGGGAGGAGCCGCCGCGGGCACGCCCCGCCUCCGGCCCGGGAAGACGACGCCAGCGACCCCGCCGGCCGGCCACCGCCCCCCUCGCCGGCCGAGACCCGCCCCCGGCCCCGGCCCUGGCCCUCCCCUGGCGGCAUGGAGGGGCCCCGCUCCUGACGGCCGCGCCGCCGCCUCGGCUCCCGCCCCCCCUCCCGGCCCCGCCCGCCUGCCCGCCCCCGCUCGCAUGUCUGUGCCGCCUUAGCCGAGGAUGCUGAGGAUGAAGCUGCCGCUGAAACCGACGCACCCCGUGGAGCCGCCGCCCGAGGCGGAGGAGCCCGAGGCAGACGCACGGCCGGGCGCAAAGGCGCCGCCGCGCCGCCGUCGAGACUGCCGUCCCCCGCCGCCGCCCGCGGGCCCGCCGCGGGGCCCCCCCCCGCCGCCGCCGCCACCACCGCCGCCUCCGCCGCCGCCGCCGCCCCGGGGGCUCGGGCCGCCUGUUGCUGGCGGACCAGCGGCGGGGGCGGGCAUGCCGGGUGGCGGCGGCGGCGGGCCCGCGGCGGCGCUGCGCGAGCAGGAGCGAGUGUACGAGUGGUUUGGGCUGGUGCUGGGCUCGGCGCAGCGCCUGGAGUUCAUGUGCGGGCUGCUGGACCUGUGCAACCCGCUGGAGCUGCGCUUCCUCGGCUCGUGCCUGGAGGACCUGGCGCGCAAGGACUACCACUACCUGCGCGACUCAGAGGCCAAGGCCAACGGCCUCUCGGACCCGGGGCCGCUGGCCGAUUUCCGAGAGCCGGCCGUGCGCUCGCGCCUCAUCGUCUACCUGGCGCUGCUGGGCUCGGAGAACCGUGAGGCCGCCGGCCGCCUGCACCGCCUCCUGCCCCAGGUGGACUCGGUGCUCAAGAGCCUGCGCGCGGUUCGGGGUGAGGGUUCGCGGGGAGGCGCGGAGGACGAGCCCGGCGAGCGCGGAGAGGACGGCGAAGGCGAGGAGGACGCGGAGAAGGACGGUUCCGGCCCGGAAGGCAGCGGCGCCGAGCCCCGGCCCGGCGGCGGGCUGGGCUUCAGGGCGCAGGAGGAACUGCUGCUGCUCUUCACCAUGGCUUCGCUGCACCCGGCGUUCUCCUUCCACCAGCGGGUCACCCUGAGGGAGCACUUGGAGAGGCUCCGCACUGCGCUCCGCGGGGGCCCCGAGGACGCGGAGGUGGAGGUGGAGCCGUGCAACUUUGCCAGACCCCGGGCCCAGAAUGAUUCUGCUCAUGGUGAUUACAUGCAAAGUAAUGAGGCCAGUUUACUAGAACAAGCCCCAAUACCUCAUGAUGGACUUCCUGUGGCACCUCAUAGAACCCAGCGAGAAGCCGUGCACAUUGAGAAGAUAAUGUUGAAAGGAGUCCAGAGAAAAAGGGCUGACAAAUACUGGGAGUACACCUUCAAAGUAAACUGGUCUGAUCUUUCAGUCACAACAGUAACAAAAACCCACCAAGAACUACAGGAAUUUCUACUGAAGCUCCCAAAGGAAGUGUCUUCAGAGACUUUUGACAAGACCAUCUUAAGAGCCCUGAAUCAGGGUUCAUUGAAAAGGGAAGAACGGCGACAUCCUGACCUAGAGCCCAUCCUAAGGCAGCUAUUUUCCACGUCAUCCCAAGCUUUCCUGCAGAGUCAGCGGGUGCACAGCUUCUUUCAGGCCGUACCAGCGGACCCCCUGCACAGCCUCAAUAACUUACAAUCCUCCCUGAAGACUUCUAAAAUCUUAGAACACUUAAAGGAAGACAGUUCGGAAGCUUCAAGUCAAGAAGAAGACGUGUUACAGCACACCAUAAUCCACAAGAAACAUACCGGGAAAAGUCCCCUCGUGAACACUGUCAGUACAAGUUGUUCUCCACUGGAUGGGCUCACCAUGCAAUAUUCCGAACAGAAUGGACUCGUGGAUUGGAGGAAGCAAAGCUGUCCCGCCGUUCAGCACCCAGAGCACUGUGUGGCCUUAGCUGACCAGCAUUCAACUGAGAAACGAAGCUUAUCAUCAAUAAAUAAGAAGAAAGGAAAGCCACAAAUAGAAAAAGAGAAAGAGAGAGAGAGCGCGCGCAAGCAGGGGGAGCAGGAGAGGGAGAAGCAGUUUCCCUGGGAGAAAACGAUGAAAACUGACAACAGAUUGAAUAGUAGAAUAAAUGGUAUUAGAUUCUCCACUUCUCAACAUGCCCAUGGUGGUUCUGUGAAAGAAUUGUUAUUUUUAGAUGUGAAUUUGGACAUUGGAUCUGGACAUGACACGUGUGGAGAAACCUCUUCAGAGAGUUACAGUUCUCCUUCUAGCCCACGACAUGAUGGAAGAGAAAGCUUUGAAAGUGAAGAAGAAAAAGACAGAGACACAGACAGCAAUUCUGAGGAUUCUGGGAAUCCAUCAACAACCAGGUUUACAGGCUAUGGUUCCGUCAACCAGACCGUCACUGUCCAGCCGCCUGUUCAGAUUGCUUCAUUAGGAAGCGACAACGGAGGCCUUUUAGAAGAUCCCCUCACCGCACCCAAGUAUCAGCAUAUUUCUUUUAUGCCAACUUUACACUGUGUCAUGCACAAUGGUGCCCAGAAGUCUGACGUUGUUGUUCCUCCACCCAAAUCUGCCGAUGGCAAGACAAUAGGGAUGCUCGUUCCCAGUCCUGUUGCUAUUUCUGCAAUAAGGGAAUCCACAAAUUCCACGCCUGUUGGAAUCCUGGGGCCAGCAGCUUCUACUGGAGAAUCUGAAAAGCACCUUGAAUUACUGGCUUCCCCUUUACCUCUUCCGUCAGCCUUCCUCCCCCACAGCAGCGCCCCUGCUUUGCACCUCACAAUCCAGAGGCUAAAGUUGCCGCCACCACAGGCGUCUUCAGAGAGUUGCCCAGUUAACAUCCCACAGCAGCCCCCCGCGAGUCUGAGCAUCGGAUCACCAAACACUGCCUUUCUUCCUGUCCACAGCCCAGGUAGUUUUCCGGGAUCUCCUGUCGCUACCACGGACCCCAUCACAAAAUCUGCAUCCCAGGUGGUAGGACUCAAUCAAAUGGUGCCUCAAGUCGAGGGAAACACUGGGACCGUCCCUCAGCCUACCAAUGUGAAGGUAGUUCUCCCAGCAGCCGGCCUGUCAGCCGCCCAGCCACCAGCUUCCUACCCCUUGCCAGGCUCGCCCCUCGCCGCCAGUGUGUUGCCCAGCCAGAAUUCCAGCGUGCUCAGCACGGCGGCCACGGCGGCCCAGUCGGCGGGGGCGGGCAUCAGUCAGGCCCCGCCCGCAGCGCCGCCCGCCGUCCCCACCCACACGCCAGGCCCCGCCCCCAGCCCGAGCCCGGCGCUGACGCACAGUACUGCGCAGAGUGACAGCACGUCUUACAUCAGUGCUGUGGGAAACACGAACGCGAACGGGACAGUGCUGCCGCCACAGCAGAUGGGCUCGGGUCCUUGUGGCUCUUGCGGGCGCAGGUGCAGCUGUGGGACCAGUGGCAGCCUCCAGCUAAACAGCUACUACUAUGCUAACCCAAUGCCCGGACCAGUGUACCGAGUCCCGUCGUUCUUUACUCUGCCAUCCAUCUGCAAUGGCAGCUACCUCAACCAAGCACAUCAGAGCAACGGAAACCAACUUCCUUUUUUUCUGCCUCAGACUCCAUAUGCAAAUGGGCUGGUGCAUGACCCAGUCAUGGGGAGCCAAGCCAACUAUGGCAUGCAACAAAUGGCGGGAUUUGGGAGAUUCUAUCCUGUCUAUCCAGCACCUAAUGUAGUUGCCAACGCGAGCGGUUCGGGGCCCAAGAAGAACGGGAACGUGUCAUGUUACAACUGUGGCGUGAGCGGACACUACGCACAGGAGUGCAAGCAGUCGUCCAUGGAGGCCAGUCAACAAGGCACUUACAGACUGAGAUACGCACCUCCCCUCCCCCCUUCUAAUGAUACGUUGGAUUCUGCAGACUGAAACAAGUAAAGCUUGACUGCCUAAUACCCUGACGUGUUGGGGAGUCAUGGUGGGGUGUGGAGGGGAGGAAAGGAAAGGUAUUUUUUGUUUGUGUUUCUUUGUCUAUACAUUUCCUAGAUUUCUAUGCAGUUGGGAUUUUUCAUUUCUCUUGUACCGAUGUCCAAAACAAAAAAGAAUGCAUUGCUUUUGAGCCUCUGGUCUCCUGGUUCAACAACAGGCUUAUGUGUAUGAUACAUGUAAUUUAAACAUCCAGACAAACUAUCAAAAGGAAAAUGUUUGCUGUGCUUUUUUUUUUUUUACACUGAAUACUUGCUGUGUGCAAUGUUUACUGAAUCUUUAAAACUGUGUAUUUGACCUUUUUUUACAACACUGGUGACAGUCAUAUGGUUUUGAAAAAGAGAAACUUUGCUUCUUCCCCACUCUUCUCACUUUCACCCUAAAGGACACACAUCUCCCCGCCACCCUCCUUCCAGUGACCUGAGGCAGGGGCAGUUGGCCGCGCAUCGGUCUGCGCUUUCAUGACCCGUCCUCCCUGUAAGUCGAGGGUGAAAUGUUUCACCUUAAUCCGAAAGGAGACAUCAAGUUCCCUGAAUUGUGUGUAUGUAUGUACUAAACAGCAUCACGUAAACACAGAUAUGCAGUGCUUGUGGUCCAAAUCAAAAUUAAAGUAAGUGGAAGAGAGAGGAAGAAGUAAAACCAUAUGAAACUGAAAAAAUAUGAUGUCUGAAGUGGACAAAGAGCUUUUUCUUAAAAAAACAAACAAAAAACAAAAAAAGCCAAAAAAAAAAAAAAAAAACUUUUUACUUCAUCAUACUUUUUUAGCCUGUUGCUUCAGAGAGACUUAAAGUGAACAAACUAGUGUGAGUGUUGUUCUGUGUGUCUGUGUGUGUAAUGAAAGUCGACAGCCGAUUUCACUUGUAGUCUACCACUGUGUCGUGCUAAAGAGACACUACCUGAGUAAAGAUUUCUUCUUUUCUCACACCAACUGUAGCAGUGUUAUGUUGUGUUUAAAAUGUGUAUGGUUUAUUGCAAUCUGAGCAGGAGCUCUGGCUUCUGCAAAAGUCAGGUUUGUUCCCUAACCCGUCUCUCGUAGCAAAGUCACUUUGAUAAGUUUACCACUAUGCUUGAUUAUAAUGUGAAAGACUGAAUUCUGAGUGUGUUAAGAUGGUAUUAAUCAUGUCAGUGUCAUGUCACUAAGUUUAAUGCUGCUGUUUAAAAAAAAAAAAAAAGUUUUUUUAAAGCCAAUCUAUGUACUAAAUUGCUUCCAGGUAAUUUUUGAUUUCCUAAAGUGCACUGAGAUUAUCUGGAAGAUUGGGUGUAUUUUUGGAACUGCUGCAUUCAAAAGCAAUGAGCAACUACCACUGUAUAGUCCUAGGUUAAGGGUCGGGGCUGGUUUUGUUUUCCCAUUCCUCAGUACAGAGCAGAAAUGAUAGAUUUUUGUUGUGUGGAGUAAUGUCGGUGUACAGCGGAGGGACUUAAGUGUUUGGUCUUGGUUCAGAAGCCUAACAGAUUGCUAGAUAAAAGGAAAAACUUGAAGAAAAAAGGAAGCUUCAUUUAAUGCUUCAUAGGUAGCAUUUAUAUUUAUAGCAGCAAUGUACAUUUUGAAACUAACUUUCAGGGUGGGAGUUAAAGGGGAAAGGGGCGGGGAUGAAGGGGUAGAUGAAAGCUUUAAUUUAAAAAGAGAAGUUCGAGUAAAGGAAAUUAUUUUGAUUAAAUAUAUUUUAUUUGAUCUGGGUAUUUUUGGACCACAUUAUUAAAUUAAUUGUUAAGCUGCAGUUGAGUUGUUCUAGUGAGAGUUUUGAUAAGCCACGUAUGGACCGCAUUGUGAAUCACUUGCCAGUUGUACUUUAUGGAGCUUAUUUUAUGAUUUAAAAUACUGUACUGUACAUAGGAGGUAUGUUACCUUCUCCUUAUUUGUAUGUUUACCAUAUACUUUGAUAUUUGAAAUGUUAUGUACUGGAAAGGCCACUUAUAUUUCUAGAACAGAUUGGAUUUUAUGCAACCCUUUUUCCUUGAAUUAACAGCAAUAAAAAAAUGAAAAACA